AUGUCAAAAGAUGACUCUGGAGAUCUCAAGAAGUCCAAUGACUCGCUUGAAAAACAACUAUCCAAAGCGAAAAAAGAGCUUGACAGAUACCGUUCUGAAGCUGAGAAAUUGAGCGUCAAGUAUACUGCUCUUACCAAUGAUUUCAACGAGAUGUCACAGAAAUAUACCACUUCCCAACGUCUUAGAGUUACCACAGAAACAGAAGUCUCGGGGCUCAGGAAAGAAAUCGAUGAUUUAUCCUCCGCUUUAUUUUCUCAGGCCAAUGAUAUGGUGAGUACGGCCAGAAGAAGUGAGAAUGAUUAUAAGGUCAAGAACAAACAGCUACAAAACAAGAUUGAGGAAAAAGAUCUCAUGAUCGAAACUUAUCAACAACAGCUAGAGCAACUAAAAGAAAUUUUAGCAAGCUUAGAAGACAAAAAGCCUAGUUCUAGCUCGACGACGGUAAAUGAAAAAGACAGCACCACGGUAUCAGAUGAUACCACAGAUAACGGAAACUCUAAUGAAGAAAGAAAAGCUGAUGAAAAAUCAACUCUUUCAAAUUUAUUAUACACUCCUCCAGUUCAAUGCUUACGCUAUGAUUUAGAAUUGUUUGGUAAUUUCGUGAAUUUUGCUAAAAACCGGAUCUCUAAACCUGGCGAGGAUGAUUCAGGACACUCAGCAGAUUUUAAAGAUACAAGGUUCUAUAAAAGAAUCCUUCAUGAUGAUAUUCAACCGACCUUGAAAUUGGAUAUUGCACCAGGAGUUUCAUUCUUACAAAAGCGUUCGCUUAUGAGUGCUAUUGUUAAUGGGAGAGUAACAAUUGAACCAAUCGCCUCAGUCAAUGAAUCGUUCAAGAGGAACUCGGCAAUAAUAUCCAACGCAUCUUCAAAACCAGUGGCCACUCCAGAUCCAUGCUCGAUAUGUGGUGAAUCCCGAAACGACUCUUUGCAGCACGCCAGACUUUAUAUGUUGAAGAUUUAUUCUUCUAAGAAUCAAAAGGCCAAGGGCAAGAAUGGAAACGGUUCUUUGAGCUCCAAUCCUAGCAGUACUAACAUCAGUGAUCUUAAUGACUCAACUUCAUCUUUAUCGAUUAACGAGAACACUAGUGCAGAGUUCACUUACACUUUCCCACUUUGUGCUUAUUGUGUUUUCCGCAUCAGAAGCACAUGUGAGCUUUACGCAUUUUUAAGACUGGUACAAGCUGGAGUUUGGAAGUUUGAUACAGAAGUAAAUCAAAAGAAAGCUUGGAUUGAAUGUACCAGAAUCCGGCUCAAGAUGUUUUGGAGUAGAUUGGGGAUUUGGGAUACCGAUGCCAAGAUUGUUGAUAACAAGAUUUUCAGUGCUGAGCAGGUAAUUGGAGACUAUAGUCUGGCGUCCAUCUCUCAACAUGGCUCUUCUGGUUUUGCAUUUCAAGAAAAAAAGACGAGUACUGAGAUCAAAAGACAAAGUUAUGCUAGUACCAUUGGCUCUUAUGUCGAGAAGUUUACAAGCUCGGUUUCCCCUGUUUCUACUCCACAAAAAGAGGUUGUUCCUAGCUUAUCACCUAUUAUUAUGGAAGACGCCCUGGUAAAGACUGACUCCAAUGUUUUGGAUGUUGUGGAAGAAACAAAAGAGGGUGAUGGUGAGGUGCAAGGUGAAGAAGCAUCAGAAGUGGUUCAGGCUAAAAACGAUGUUGAGGCUGAGGAAGCCGUUAAUGAGUAA